CAUGGAGACUUUGAUUAAUAAAUGUCAAUUAGAUCUCAAAACAAUUAUAAACAAAGAAAAGAUAUUAAUGAAAAUCAUUAUUGAAUGUUAAUGAAAAUUUUGAAAAAUAAAGAAAGGAGAUUUAGAAAAAGAUUAGAAUAUAUAAAUGCUUACAAAAGAAGAUCUAUCCUUUAUUUUUAUCAAGUAAUGGAUUCUAUAAUAGAUUCACUGACAGUGUAGUACAUUUUAGAAGAAUUAAUUGAAAGCUUUAGAAGAAUAAAACUUUAAUUUUUAAGUAUUUAUUAUUACAAAAUCAGACAAAAAAUUGUUGAUUUUUAGUCCCUGUUGAACCAAAAGAACCUUCCCUUAACUAAAUUCUUUC